AUGUCUGAGGAAGGAGGAAGGGGUCCGAGGGACCUGAUCAAGGUGACCCAUGACAAGCUCUCUGUGGAUGCAGUGUCACUCCUCACCAGCCCCUCCUGUGGUGCUAUUUCCAUCUUCAUAGGGACGACAAGGAACAAUUUUGAGGGGAAGAAGGUGGUGCAGUUGGAGUAUGAAGCCUAUGUCCCUAUGGCCCAAUCAGAACUCAGGAAGAUCUACACAGACAUCAGGGCAAGAUGGCCCACUGUCAGGCACAUGUGUCCAUCAUCGACUGGACUGGUGCCUGUGAAUGAGGCCGGUGUGAUCAUCGGCAUCUCAUCUCCUCACAGAGGGAACGCCCUGGAGGCAGUGCAGUUCUGUAUAGACACCCUGAAAGCCACCGUGUCCACAUGGAAGAAGAAGGUGUAUGAAGCUGACGAGUCCUGUUGGAAAGAGAACAAGGAGUGCCAGUGGACAGGACAGAGUUGAACUCUGACCUCAUCUAGGAGCUUUUCUAUGGCAAAUAUUAGAUCACACACAGUACCAGUGAAUCUAAAGCUGUCCCCAACAAUACAGAAAAUAAGUCAUUCACACCUUUAUGUACGUAAAGUUUUAAUGAAAUAAAAUUCCCCAUCAGCAUAUUUACAACACAAAAUCAAAAGUUUCAAUGAACACAAUAACGUUGUCAUAAAAAAAAUGAAUGCUCGAAAAUCGUAAUGAAGGAAGUGGUAUGUACCCUUUGAAAAUACACCUGGAAAAAUAUCAGUGCAAAAAUAUAUCUCAUAAACAUUAUCUCAGAGAGUUUAGUCUCUGCUACUGUCUGUAUCCUACAAUUAAUUAGUUGCUGUUGUUUCUCUCAGUCAUGAUACAAUGACUGUACAAAAUAAACGGAUUAACCAGUAAGUGCUUCUAAUAUUGCAUUUUCACCAUAGCUAUGUAGGGAAUAAGUUAAACACUUGUUUAAGUGUUAUGUUUUAUCUAUUGAUAAUAAAAUAUUUGAAUGAUACAUAUUUAAUAUAGAAACCACACAAUAAAUAUACUUAUUUUCUACACAUUCAAUAACUCUGCUUUGAUUAAUGUCACUACAUUUUUACAAAUGGUACAAUGAAUCAAAUGUUACAUUAAUCUGAUCUGAAUACAGUGUAUAUUGUAAAGACAGCAUCUUCACAGUGUCUCCCAAGGCAGUUGUAUGGCUGGGGUAAUUAUA